AUGAGGAAGCGAUUAGUUAGCAAUAUCAGUGAAUACAUGGCGGGUGAAACGAAGAAAACAAUCACUCUAAAAAGGCAGGUGUACACGUUAGAGACAUUUGCUGAAACAUACAAAGAUGAAGGAACAAAACAGAGUGUGUUUGACAACAUCAAGAAAUCAAUGCGAUGUUCAAAGAAGAAAGCUGGAAAGAUUCUUGGAUCCUAUCUUCCAAUUAUUGGGUUUAUACGCUCCUAUCAACUCAAGCAAUAUAUCCUUGGAGAUGUUUUGUCCGGAUUCACAGUCAGCUUCAUGCACCUUCCACAAUCUAUGGGGUUGGGCAUUCUCGCCUCACUACGACCUAUCCAUGGCCUAUACUCCACAUUUUUCUCCGUGCUUGUUUACUUACUGUUUGGAACAUCGCCGUACAUAUCAUUUGGAACGAAUGCUGUCAUGGCUUUGCUUACACAGACUGUGGUUGAGAGAGAAGCUGAUAAUUUUAUAGCGUCAUUUGCAAAUACAAAUGCGUCCCUGCCUACUGAAGAUGAAAUCAUGGACGUUAAAAUCGAUGUUUCAAUGGCAUGUUGUGUACUUGUCGGCAUAUUUCUCAUGGGAAUGGGGCUCCUGAAACUAGGUAUAAUUACUACCUAUCUGUCUGUAUCUUUUGUUGGUGGAUUCACUACGGCAGCUGCUUUCCAUAUCGCAUCCAGCCAAGUUCCCAAAAUAUUUGGAAUUAAAGUGAAAACGUUUGCUGGAGCGGGCAAACUGGUGCUUAUGUAUAUAGAUCUGUUCAGUAAAAUAACGCAAACAAAAUUUGCCGAAGUUAUCAUCGGAGUGAUAUGUAUCAUUGUACUUCUUUUUGUGAAGAUAUGUAUCAAUGAACGUUACAACAAGAAGAUGAGAAUGCCAAUUCCAAUUGAUUUUAUUGUGGUAAUUAUUGGAACAAUAAUAUCUCAUUAUGCAAGAUUUGAGGACGUAUUUAAUGUAAAUAUCGUCGGAGAAAUACCGAGAGGGUUCACCAUGCCGGCUUUUCCUAACAUCGAUAAUGCAAGCAGUUUUGUGAGCGACGCAUUCGUGAUGGCAAUAUUGUCACUUGCUAUGAGUAUUUCAAUGGCAAAGCUCUGUUCGGACAAACACGGUUUGCCAAUUGAUGAUAACCAAGAACUGAUAGCGUACGGUGCCUGUAAUUUUGUGUCAGGAUUCUUCCAUUGUUUCCCUUCCGCUACAGCGCUACCUAGGACAAUGAUACUGAGUUCACUUGGUGCAAGGACUACACUUAAUGCAAUUGCUACUUCUGCGUUUUUCCUGUUGAUUAUACUGGUUAUUGGACAGCUAUUUGUUUCAUUGCCGCUCAGUGUUCUUGCUGCGAUGAUUAUUGUUUCUAUGAAAGAUCUGCUGCUACAGUAUAGAAAUUUACCCAAAAUAUGGAAAGUUAACAAGUAUGACUUUAUCAUUUGGGUUGUGGCAAACGCUGUCAGUAUCCUAGUAGACCUGAAUUACGGCAUCAUAGCUGGGGUAGGAAUUUCAAUAUUUCUGACUGUAGUUAAUGACCAGCUGUCCACUGGCCAUUUGAUCGGACUUUCCAAAUCUGAAGACAGUGCGGUCAGAUAUACAGACGGCAAAAAUAUAAGAGACAUAAACGGGGUCAAGAUCUUCAAAAUUCCAACGAAUUUAUACUUUGCAACUGCAGAGAGAAUGAAGAAUCACAUUUUCAGAAGAAUUAUGAAUCCUAAAAAGUAUUUAAAGAAGAUGCAAAAAUUGGAAACUAUGGCCGAGAUUGUUGAUGAAGAAACAAUUGUAAACAACAAUAUUUCCAUCGAGUAUAUUGGGAAACCUACUUCAGUUAGUUUAGACGUCAAGCUGAAGUCGCUAGUGCUUGACUGCUCAAUGGUGAAUUACAUCGACAUGGCAGGGAUAGCAGCUCUACAACAAGUUAUCAAAGAAUACAAAACAGUACAAGUAGAUGUCUAUUUUGUUGCUAUCGCAGAUAAUGUUUGUGCAACUUUGGAAGCAGGUGAAUUUUUCAAGACCUUCCCCAAGAGUAACGUUUUCGUUGAUGUGUUUGGCGCUAUUUCGGUAUUAAGUUCCAAGGCUGUUGAUUCAACUUCAUCAACGAAACUAUGAAGUUGCAAAUUUAAAGCAAAAGAACGUGGAUAUUUAUGCGGAGUUAAUAAUUAUUAGAUAAUAGAGGGCAGUGACAUUUGAUACUAAUUUACUAAACAAACAAGUUGACGGUUUUUGAAACUUACUUGACAAGAGGCAGUUUGUGUUAAGCGUGACCUCCACAGCAUGUACGCAAUAAUUAAAGCGGGUCUUGCUUGAUGACUUAUUAAUUAUAUCAGCUCUGUAUAUUCGAAAGGCUAAAAAUGUGAAUAAAAUUAACGUUUGUCUUACAAACCGUAUAAUGGGUAUUUUAGCUGCUGCUAAUUUUUACUAUUUUUUAUGAACAAAUCAGAUUCGUAAAUAUUGACCUCGCAUAAAUUCGCGUAAUACACGCGAUCUAUA